UCAGAAUUUCUUCGAGGCCUUUAGAUUGGUUGGGAGGGUUAUCUGAAUUCAGUUCUCAGGCGCACCCCCAGUUGAACGGUAGAAUAAUGUACAUCAACCGCUUAUCAAGAACGUUGAUCUUCGUGGUUUUGACGAUGGUCGUGGAGAUUUCCGCUUUCGAUUAUUCUUUUCCUUACAAUCCUCUGCUGCGAAACGUUUACAGUAGCAUCUGCCCGAAACCGGAUAUUCCGAACGGAUCCGUACAGAUGCGUCUUCGCGGAAAGUAUCUACGGUUCACAUGCAAUGAAGAUUUCACCUUGGUUGGAUUACCGCUUCUUUCGUGUAGGAGUGGACGCUGGAACGCUCAAGUGCCGGUCUGUGUCAAACCGGGUUGCUCUGAUCUGGCAACGGUAGACAAUGGCUACAUCUUCUACAACCACAAGAAAGCAGCGGCAACACUGUUUUGCGACAGCGGAUACAAGUUGGCUGGUCCCAUGUUCAACUAUUGUAACGGAACUUCGUGGGAUCGUACGCUGGGAAGUUGUCGUCGAACCAAUUGGACAGUCGCAGUAUCAUGUGACUUUGAGGUUCACGAUUUGUGCGGAUGGGAAAACGAUGCUAUCCAUAGACUCGACUGGGAGAGAAGUUCCGGGGUGGCAUUGCAACGUGCACUGAAGACCGGUCCAAUACACGAUCACACAACUGGAAAGCCGUUGAACGGCCAUUUCAUGCUGGUAGAUUCGUCACUGAAAAACAUGAAUGAAACUGCGCUUCUUAUCUCGCCCAUCUACAGCAGUAACUACAGCACCAAUGCAUGUUUUCGUUUCUUUUAUCACAUGUUUGGUGACGUAGGCGCGCUCACUGUUUACGUGAAGCCGCUGAGUUCGAAUUUGAGAGAGUUACUAAAACAACCAGCACAGUUCACUGUGAGCGGUAACCAAGGCAGCGCGUGGAUCGAGGGUUGCUUGGAUCUAGAACAACAGAGCGAGAGUUUCCAGAUUGUGAUACAGGCAUCCGUGGGAAUGCGUGACAACAGUGAUAUCGCAAUAGAUGACGUAGAGCUGAUCAGAAACGGUAGUUGCAGCAGUAAUGGUAUGACCGAGAUGUAUGUUGAAACAUUUCGAGCAGAAUCGUGCGAAAAUCGAUGUGGCCAAAACGCAACAGAUGUUACCGAUGUUGAAGGAAACGUGAUCCAUUGUGGCUGCAAUGAUGCUUGUGAUGAUGAUAACUCUUGUUGUCCUGAUUAUACGGAUUAUUGUGUGUUUGGGGUGUCGACUGCGACUUAUGAUCAGAAAGAGCUGUUCGAUUUUAAGGUGGAACCUUUAAAUAAAGGUUCGAAUUCAUGUACGGUUAUGCUGGUGUUGGGAACAUUUUCGCUAAUUACUAGCAUUGUUGUGGUUGUUAUGUUUUUCAAUGAAACAUCUAGAUUCUACAUAUCAAGCAUCGUAAGGAAAUGGAGAUCAAAUCGCUCUGACGAUACGCUUGAUAUGGCAGACAAUGUACAAUAUUUGGCGGUGAACGACACAGUGAGCAAUUUUUCCGAAGAAGUUGGAAGUGUUGCCAGUUUGCGAUUACCAUGAAUGCUCAGGAGAACUGUAUUCGCAUCAAUACCUGUAACU